ACGGUCAUCGAUCAAUUAGGUGUGGUAGCACGAGUUCUUUUGUAUGAAAAAGAAAGUAUAAUAAACAAAAAAUUAGUGGGGGACAUAAAGAAAAGAAAGUGAAAAAUGGAGGGGGAGAAAAAGAGAGAACCCAAAUAUUGUGUUCAGAAUUUAAGUGGAUAAAAAGAAGGAGGAACAUCCGCGCCACUAUAUAAACCGUUUUCAACCGUCACCAACCGCUCUAGAAGUAUCAAACGGACAAAAUUACUUGAUCAGCUUCCCUUCGGAAAUACAAACUUUUUCUCUGCAGAAUUCCAAAACCUCUCGGCUUUCUCUCAUGGCAGUCGAAAUGCACUUACUCAUAUCCCUCUUGGCUCUCUCUUUUCGCCUUUCCUUGUUCGAAUUUGUUUCAGACGAAGCAGCGAUGCCGGAGUUCACUUUCAGUUGGAUGGAUGACAAUGACACCUUCCGAGCCGGCGACAUUGCAACCAUAAGAAUCAGAGCGCUGAACAACUUUGACAAGCUCGACAAGAACAAGUUUAAACCUACUCUUACAGUGAAUGGGAAGCCCGGGAAUUGCUCUUUCGUGUCGGGUGUUCUUUCGGAUUUUGAAGGAGACCCUAGCAGUUGGAAACUCUUCUUUACUGCCAUAACCGCCGGGGCAUUUAACGUUAUGAUCAACGAGGAUCGCUACAAAGUGUUUGAUUCUUCUCUGCAUUUUCAAGUUCAUCCAGGGCAAAUAUACCCGUCUUCGUGUGUUGCUUCGUGGAUGGGUUUCAACAAUGAAUUCGAAGCAGGGACUAAAGCUAGGGUAAUGAUACUUCCAAAGGACGCGUUUGGAAACAAUGUCUCCAAAAACAAUGAAGAUCCAAGAUUACAUAAUUUUACAGUGUCUGCAGUCUAUGCAAAUGGUUCCAUAGCGAACAUGCCAGACAUCACGCAUUUGGGUUGGAAUGAUUUCGGUUAUAUCAUCUUGGAGUUCAUUGUGGUGAAAGCCGGAGAUCUCUUGUUGUACGUGGGAGAUGGUAAUCAGACCUUGAAUGGCUCUCCCCUACCGCUUAAGGUGAACCCAGGACCACUAGAAGUUUCCAAUUGUGCGGUGAAAUGGAAUUUUGAACCAAAUGCAUGGCAGUUAUAUUCGAAGAUGGAAAUCUUUAUACAUCAGCAAGAUCGAUAUGGGAACCUUGUUCCUGGUCUGUAUGCAUUUGAUGCUGAAGUUGUAGAGGUAGAGACAAAUUUGUCUAUACCUGUUGCAGAUUUGCACUUUGAAGAAGUGGUGGCUGGAAUUCAGUUGUUUUCCUUUAGCAAUCUAGAACCGGGGAACUUCUUGCUCACUAUAUCCGAUAUGAAGCAUUAUAAGAGUAUCUCUAAUAUGCCAUAUGCUUAUACUGUCUUUGUCGGUUAUUGCAACGGGACAAACAGCGUUGUCAAUGGAUCUGGUUUAAACAGCUCUACUGCUGGAGUACUAGCAGAGUUUUCAGUUUAUCUGAAUGAUGCUUUUCAAUAUCCCUCUCCCGUUGAAAUAGAACGGCUCGAAGUACAAAUUGUAAGGGAAAAUGACUCCUAUAAUGUGCAGUCAAGCAUAUUUCCUAUGCAAACCAUCAAUGGGAGUGGACCUGCUCGAGCGUUAAGAUAUGGUGCAACCAGCCAGAUAGAAAUCGCUCCAUCACCAUCUAUGGACCCAAUAAAUUCUUCUGUUGGGAGCUUCAGCGCCCUGGUAACUGCUUUCAAUGUGGUGUAUACACCCACCAAGAGUGGGAUCUAUAACAUCUACGUAUUUUGUGGAAAUAUUCUACUCAAUGGCGGUCAUCCGUUUACAAUGGAAGUAAAAGGAGGAAAGGUUAACACAUCACUCUCAGAAGUCGUCAAAUUUUCUCCCAAGGUGCCGAAGAUGAUUAACAAUGAAGUAUUAGUGCAGCUCGUGGAUUCAUUUUAUAAUCCUGUCUUGUCACAACAAUCUAGGCUGAAACUAGAGAUUGCUUCAGUUAACAGUUCUGGCUUUUCAAAUUCCAUGUUUGUGGAUAACAAUGAUGGCUCAUACACCGUUCAAUAUCUGGCUGAGAAUGUUGGUAGUUAUGAGAUAUGUGCUUCAUUUAACGGCAAACGCAUCUCUCCCUGCCCCUUCGGGAUCAAUGUCUACAGCAGCGAAUAUUUUCCCAGAGCCUACAUUGAUACAAUAUCUGUCUGGGAGGAUGAGUCAAUCGCUUUUGAUGUUUUAGCAAACGACUACUUUGCUGGAAAUAAUGCAAGUGUUGUUGAAUACUCAAAGCCAGAUCGUGGUUCCCUUCUUGAGUAUGGAAGACUACUCCGCUACACGCCUCGUAAAGACUAUUACGGCAAUGAUUCUUUUGUGUACACAAUGUCUGAUAUAAACGGAAAUCUUGCUACUGCUGCUGUAAACAUAUAUGUUCUCACUAUCCCGCCCCAAUUUGUUUCUUUUCCAAGCGAACUACAAGCAACUGAAGACGAGAUUAGUCCCAGAUUCGGUGGUUUCCGCGGGUUUGAGAUAAGGUAUUCGGAUGCGAUGGAGAACAUCUCUGUGAAUCUCACUGCGCAAUCUGGGACAGUCAUUCUGUCUCCUAUGGUAGUGCAAUUCUGGGAGCCAGUUUGGACAGGACUUUCUGUAUACACAUCAGAUGGAGAUGCAAAGGGUUUGAUUAUAGUAGGCUGUGUGGAAGUAAUUAAUUUUGCCCUUCAGUCAAUUCAAUACUUCGGGAACGAGAACUUUUGUGGCUAUGAUACAAUUCGAGUGUCUACGAGAAACAGGAAUGGAAUAAAUAAAUUGGAUGUUCCAGUUUUUGUGGAACCUAUUAACGAUCCUCCAUUUAUUCAUGCUCCUGAAUACAUUAUUUUGAAAAGUAAUGAAGACAAGUCACCGAUAUACAACAGAGAAAAAGACAAGUUUGAGUUCUGCAUCGGUGAUCCAGAUCUUCUUGCGUUCCCUGGUAACGAGUCCCUUUUCAGAGUCACCUUUUCCGUGGAAGUUAAUGACGGAUAUUUGGCAACCAGCCUACCAGCUGAGCUCAUCUCCACAACCGAACUGAAGCUCAAGAAUAGUUAUCAGUGGCUACCUCUUCAGACAUAUGUCAGCAUCUCAAAACAUUUCAUGGUGAGAGCUAAGGGAGUUAGAUUUCAAGGAACAUUUAAUGACUGCAACGCUGUGAUGCGACAGCUCUUUUAUCAUGGAGGAGAACAGGAUGCAAUCUUGACAGUGAAAUUGAAUGACAUGGGAAACUACGGAUGCUAUUUUAAUUGUGAUGAUAAGAUAUCGGUGCCUUUACAGGCUGAGGCUUCCGUUAAUCUAAUAAGGCGAAGGCCAAUGAGUUCGCUUGUGGCUCACGGCUUGGGGUCAGCUAUUGUCAUCGAAUCCACUAUAGUGUUUUUCCUCGGAGCAGUGCUACUAUUUUUCACAUGCAAAUGUGCAGCUCACCUUGUACAUGAAAGAAGAAACAAAGCCACUAGGGCACCAGAGCAGGCAAGCGCACCUAGUUUGCGCAAAGGAACGUUGAGGACAAAUCUACCAGCAAAUGCAGACACCGGUGUUUGUUCAAGCCCUUUGCUUGGCAGCCAACAUUCCAACUUUCGCCAACGGUCGCAUCGUCAAUCUGGAGACGAGGAAUCUGGCAAGGCAGAAUGUCAGCGACUCCAUUCCGGUAGCGGACGCAGUCAGGAAACUCCUACUGCCCCUAGUUUUAUGCCCCUUGCUAUUGACAAGGAACAAAGUGAAACAGUUUGAGCUUACAUUGAAACAUUGUUGUUUAUUACUCAAGUUACCCAGUGUAAUACUUUGAUAAAUGUUGUAGAAAAAAUUGGAUGGAUUUUCCUU